AUGUCGACCAUUCGGACCCGAUCGGCCAGCGACUUAGAUGCGUGUGUUGAAGUCUUGAAAGCAGUUUACGACAACGACGGAUAUCCGGUGCAAGGCGUCGAAGAAGCCAAAUCAUUCCUCAGCGGUGACAGCAUACGGCAGGCAUGGAUAUGCGAACAGGACGACCAGAUCGUGGGCCAUGUCGCAGCUAGCAGCAAGACUCCCGAGAGCGAUGUUUCAGUGGCGCUGUGGACGCAGGAUCAUGCCGAUGAUCCAAGCGAUAUUGCUGUGCUGGAGAGGCUCUUCGUCGACCCAUACAGCAGAGGACUAGGCGUUGCUGGGAAGCUCAUCGAUGCGGCCGUGGCGUGGAGUCAUGAGAAAGAUAUGCGACUUGUGUUGUUCGCGCUGGAGAAAGACAGAGUCGCAGCCAAGCUGUAUGAGCGCCUUGGAUGGAGCCAUUUUGGAACCACGACCUAUCAUUACGACAAUGGCAAGACAAUGGCUGCUCUAUGCUUUGUCAGUCCGAAGGCUGGAUGA